GUAACCAACGAGCUAACGGUAGGCUAGUUAGAUGUAGCUAGCUAGCUUUAGGUUCUUGUCGGCGUACGCAGCUAUAGAUUUAACAUUAUACACACGAUUGUUGAGAGAUACAAAUGAAAGUCGUUGGUGUCACUUUAUUUUACAAUCACACUGGUGUUGUCGUCGACGUCUUCGGCUUAGUGUUUUUCAUCAUUAGCGGUCCCGUGUUAGUCAGUUAUCGUUAGCUGGUCAGCCUCUUCAGCUAGCUAGGUACAGUAGCGUAUGGGUGUCAAAGUUAGCCGUGACUUCACCGGGUGUCUCGUUGCCUGAUCUCACAUUUCGGACACGUCAAGGUUCCUCAAACCUGUAUCUUGAUUUUGGGGGCUGUGAUGUCGGAGCCCAAGACCCCCACUCCCACUCCUGCUGGCGACACAUACAAAGGAUGGGUGUUCAAGUGGACAAAUUACAUCAAGGGUUAUCAGCGGAGGUGGUUUGUCCUGAGCAAUGGGCUGUUGUCAUACUACAGGACCCAGGCAGAGAUGGGCCACACGUGCCGAGGCACAAUCAACUUGGCUACAGCGACUAUCACUGUGGAUGACGCCUGCAACUUUGUCAUCUCCAAUGGCGGAGCACAGACAUACCACCUGAAGGCCAGCUGUGAGGUGGAACGCCAGCGCUGGAUCACUGCCCUGGAACUGGCCAAAGCCAAGGCCGCCCGCAUGCAGGCUGAGUCAGAUGACUCGGGGGAUGACUUUUCUCCAUCAUCCCCACCGGUGGCACCUGGACAAGGUGGCGGGUCACAGAAUUCAGAAGUCCAGUCUGCUCUCAGAACACUAGGCAGCAAAGUGGAGGAUCUUAGCACGUGCAACGACCUAAUCUCAAAGCAUGGCUCUGCCCUCCAGAGGUCUUUAUCAGAACUGGACAGUUUGCGUCUGACUGGAGAAGCUGGGGAUAAGAUUCGUCAGGUGACAGAGAGGGCCACGCUGUUCCGCAUCACAUCCAAUGCCAUGAUUAACGCGUGCCGAGACUUCCUCGCGCUGGCUCAGGCUCACAGCAAGCGAUGGCAGAAGGCCCUUCAAGCAGAACGGGACCAGCGGGUGAGGCUGGAAGAGACUUUAGAGCAACUUGCCAAGCAGCACAACAACCUGGAGCGGGCGUUCAGAGGGGCUGCACAGGCUAAUGCUACUGCAGACAACAAAAGUGCUGCUGGGCCAGGGAAAGGUGAGGCCAGUGACGAGGACGACGACAAUGAGUUCUUUGAUGCCAUGGAAGAGGCUCCUGAGUUUAUCACUGUACCCGCAGACCCCCAGUUCCACAAAAGGUCAAGCAGUAACAUCAGCGGUUUCAACAGUGAAAUGUGUCCUGACGACCAAUCGCUUAAUGAGGAGCCUCUAGCGAUGAACCAGGAAUCUCCCUCUCAGGAGUUAGUGCCCUUGAAGAAGAGGCGGACACGCAUUCCGGACAAACCCAACUACUCCCUCAACCUGUGGAGUAUCAUGAAGAACUGUAUUGGCAAAGAGCUGUCCAAGAUCCCGAUGCCUGUGAACUUCAACGAGCCCAUUUCCAUGCUGCAGCGGUUGUCGGAGGACCUCGAGUACCACGAGCUGCUGGACAAGGCCUCUAAGUGCCAGAGUUCGCUGGAGCAAAUGUGCUACGUGGCUGCCUUCUCCGUGUCCUCAUACUCGACCACUGUCCACCGCACAGGCAAGCCCUUCAACCCUCUGCUGGGGGAGACGUACGAGCUGGACCGCCGGAGAGAGAGCGGCUACCGCUCCCUCUGUGAGCAGGUGAGUCACCAUCCCCCUGCAGCAGCGCAUCAUGCGAUCUCUGAUCGUGGCUGGACCCUGAGGCAGGAAAUCACUGUUGCCAGCAAGUUCAGGGGCAAAUACCUCUCCAUCAUGCCUUUAGGCACAAUUCACGCAAUCUUUGAAAAGGGCAACAAUCACUACACAUGGAAGAAAGUUACCACCACUGUGCACAACAUCAUUGUGGGAAAACUGUGGAUCGAUCAGUCGGGAGAGAUAGACGUAGUGAACCACACCACCGGAGACCGCUGCCACUUGAAGUUUGCUCCGUACAGCUACUUCUCCAGAGAUGUGGCCAGAAAGGUGACAGGUGUGGUGAUGGACAAGGACGGUAAGGCACACUACGUGCUGUCAGGCACGUGGGAUGAGAAGAUGGAGUUUUCCCGGGUGAUGCAGAGCAGCCGAGGAGGAGAGAACGGCACUGAGGGCAAACAGAAGACUGUCUAUCAAACCCUCAAAGCCAGAGAAGUGUGGAGGAGGAACCCGCUAGCCGAGGGAGCAGAGACCAUGUACUACUUCACUGCCUUGGCGCUGACCCUAAACGAGCUCGAGGAGGGCGUGGCGCCCACCGACAGCCGGCGCCGGCCUGACCAGCGCCUGAUGGAGGACGGCCGCUGGGACGAGGCCAACGCUGAGAAGCAGCGGCUGGAGGAGAAGCAGCGCAGUGCCCGGCGGGAGAGAGAGAGGGAGGCUGCCAGCCAGCGCACCUCCAGCCAAUCAGAAGAAGCUGUCGAUGAGGACUCUCUUACUGAUCCCUCCUUAAAAAGCGCACCUCAUGAGAACUACCAGGCACUUUGGUUCGAGCGCUGUGAGGACCAGAUCACAGGUGAGCAAGUCCAUAUCUAUAAGGGAGGCUACUGGGAAGCUAAGGAGCGUGGCAACUGGGAGGGCUGUCCGGACAUAUUUUGACCUCAGCAUUGACUGGAAAAUGCCCUGAAGAGGCUGAUCCAUCGAAGCCACGUGGUGGACAGCAACCGCAAAGGCUGGCUUGCCCCCCCCCACUUGGACAGCUGCCUCCCUCCAGUGGCUCUCUGUUCUAAGAGAUCUCCAGGACGGUCACUGCUGUCUGAUCCAGAGGGGGAGCGGGGUUUUUCCUCUGGCCCCUCUCAUCCCAUUUUGGUUCCUAUUUUCUUGAGUCCCCUUGUUGCCAUCACACAUCUGAGAGGUCUGGAAUGAAAAUGUUUGUGCUGCUUUGAAUCGGGUAAGGCUGAGCACAGCCGGGAGGAAAUGAGAUGGGCAGUGCUUCCAAAUCUACAGUAGAUCAUUCAUUUAGUCUCUCUUCUCGAGUCUCUUCAGUCUCUAAGACCAGGAGCAGAAGAGUUUUUGUGCUGGUAACACCCUGUGAGAUAAUGUAGUGUGCCUAUUGUCAUCCACAGCAUUGUGUGCUUUGGUAAUAACUCUAAAAAAUGGGGUAAGACCUGGUUAAUAUAUACAUUUAUCUAUAAAUAUGAUUUAAAAUAAUUGCAUUAAAAUGUCAACUGGUGGCCUUCAAGAUGUUAGCGUGGAUUUCUUGUUUAUCUCUCUGAUUUAGUGUCUUAAUGUAAUGAAGGUUCUAGUGUGCUUGUGUGUAUGAUUGCAUAUCUGCUCUUCCAUCACUUUACAACACUGCCACUGUGCAGUAUACUGUGUUAAAAAAGAAGAAAUGAUUGUCCAAAGGACUGGUUGAACCUCCACACUGUCAUGUUUUAUGGUUAGAAUAGAUUUUUUUUCCUGAUGGAAAUUGUGACAUUUUGAUGUGGCCACAAGGCCUAAACACCCUUUCUCUUCGCCUUAGAAAUGAGCAACCUGCUCUCACCUGUAUUUAUAUCACACCUGAGUGGACAUGAUGACAUUUGUAGCUGGUUUCUUGUACAAACUUUGAAGAAAUAGUUGGGGAAAGAGCUGCAAAUUUGCAAAAUACUUGUUCCAGUGCUGAAAAAAAUCUCAGAUUAGUGCAGUUUUAUUCAAUAACAAUUAAUAAAAUGAGCCAUUUUCUCAGGAUUGGAAUAAUGUGUUGCCAUUUUGCGGAUAAAGUGAAUGGUAACUAAGUUACGCGGCAGUAAAAAUGUUUUAAAAGUGAUGGAUAAUUGUGUGAUUUUCGUGUAGAGAGGAACGCAGGCAAAGAAAACAAAUGUAAACACAGUGAUGGAAAAAAAACACACACCCUGGUAUCUCUGCUGAAGAGUUCAUACAUAUGCAAGUACAUUAUGACACCAAAAACAUGGGAUAUAUUGUGUGUGUGUGUGUGUGUGUGCGUGAGAGAGAGACCGAAUUUCAUAAUUUUGUUUGUAAGUGUACUUAAAAAUGGAGAAUAAAGAAACAAAGAAGCAUUGCAAAUAACUAUGAUUUUAUAAAUGUAUAGAAAUUCAUAUUAUAGUAUUGAUAAGUGUAAGGUAGUUUCUUGUACUUUUGGUUCCUCUCAUAUUAUUGGAGGAGGACUGUCUUCAUUUUCAGAAAAAAAGGGAGUUUCCAUUCUUAACUGGGGAGACAUGACAUUGUUCAGUAUUUUGUAUUAACAAAGAAAAAUAAUCUGUAAUAAACAAAUGCUGUGAUGUCAAACAAAUAGCUUUUGAUCCUGUUCUUCAAUUUCAUUUGUUCCAUCUUUACCAUUAGUUAUUAAUUAGGUAACGGUUAAAGAAAAGCCAAAUCAAUUAUUUGGGAAUUUCUGUCCUCAUGUUCUUCGGAGCUUCGGAUGGGAUGACAUAUGUU